AACACAGCCUUGAUUGAAUAUCAAUCCAUGGCCGCAGCCGCAGCCGCAGCCGCCGCCGCUCCACCGCCGGAGGUGAAACGACGACGACGUAUCGUGCUCUUCCCGCUGCCGUUUCAAGGCCACAUCAACCCGAUGAUCCAGCUCGCUCACAUCCUCCACUCCAAAUUAGGAUUCUCCAUCUCCAUCAUCCACACCAAAUACAACCUCCCAAACCCAUCCAACCACCCCAGCUUCACCUUCCACCCCAUCUCCGACGCCUUAUCGGAAAACGAAGAACCUCUCUUAGACCCCAUACUCACCAUCAAACUGCUCAUCUCUAGCUGCACGCUCCCAUUCCACCACUGCUUGUCUCAACUACUCUGCCACCACCGCGUCGUCUGCCUCAUCACCGACGCCAUUUGGUAUUUCACGCAGGCCGCCGCCGAGGAAUUCGGGCUUCCGAGGGUUGUUCUUCGCACCAGCAGCGUGUGCUCCUUCUCCGCCUUCGCCGCCUUUCCGCUUCUCCGUGACAAAGGCUACCUCUCAAACAGAGAUUCGAAAAUGGAGGAUGAAAUCCGAGAGCUUCCUCCUCUGAAAGUGAAGGAUAUUCCAUUAAUCAAAACGAAGAAUGAAGAAGACGUAUUCGAGGUCAUAGAGAACAUGGUGGCAGAGACAAAGAAAUCCUCAUGCCUCAUCUUCAACUCAUUUCAAGAACUCGAAGGCCCAGAUUUAGCCAAGCUCAAGCAGCAGUUUCUCAUGCCCAUUUUCUGCAUAGGGCCAUUACACAAGUACAUCUCAGCUGCCUCGACCAGCUUCCUAACGCAGGAGAUGAGCUCGAUCUCGUGGCUCGACUCGCGGGCGCCUAAAUCCGUGCUCUACGUGAGCUUCGGAAGCGUUGCCGCGAUGGACGAGGAAGAGCUAGCCGAGGUGGCCUGGGGGCUGGCCGAGAGCAAGCAGCCCUUCCUGUGGGUGGUCCGCCCCGGGCUAGUACGCGGGGCGGACGCGUUGCCCGAUGAGUUCUUGAGUGAGGUUAGAGAGAGGGGCCACAUUGUGAAGUGGGCCCCUCAGCAGGAGAUUCUCUCUCACCCUGCGGUGGCGGCCUUCUGGACGCACAGUGGGUGGAACUCGACUGUGGAGGCCGUCUGUGAGGGCCUCCCGAUGAUCUGCUCCCCGUUUUUCGGGGAUCAGAUGGUGAACUCGAGAUACGUGAACGAUGUGUGGAGGAUUGGGAUCAAGUUGGAGAGGGGAAUGGAGAGGGGAGAGAUUAGGGAUGCUAUUGCAAGGUUAAUGAAGGGGAGAGAAGGGGAAGAAAUUAGGGAGAGAGGUGUGUGUUUGAAGGAGAAAGCUAGUCUUUGCUUGAGUGAAGGUGGCUCUUCCUACUUAGCCCUUGAUGGCUUCGUUGAUCUCAUUUCAUCAUUUGAUGAAUCUUUGGUUUGAUUAGUUUCUACUCUUAGUUAUUGUAUUUCGAUUUAGGUCUAUAUUUAUGAUAAAAUUAACAACGGCCAAUAAUAUAUAAUGCACUUGAGAUCUAGUUUAUCA